CGCCUCCCAGCCCUAUUCCGUCUGUUGAUCGGGCCUGGUCCUCGGUGCCUUUGCCUGCCUUUCCCCCCUUCGGCCGAUUUGCUGCCAUGCUUGCGCGGGCUUUGGCCUCGGCGCGGGGCCGCUCGCCUCACCUGGCCGCCAGGGCCGCCAUCUCUUCCUCUGCCGUGCGCCCGGCGCCGCACGACAACCCCGAGCUCAUCCGGUCCUACUUCUAUUUUGUCGACGAGCAUGGGCGCCUUUUUCUGGAUGGAACCCGCAUGAAGAAUUUCGUGUCCUGCUUCAAGGAGGCGGACUUUUUGCGGAUGUUCUUCAGUGCCGUCCGACCGGCCGGCGCGCCGCCGCCUGCGCGCCCCGCGGCCCCGAGCCCGCCCUCCAUGCUGGGCCCCUCCUCUGCCGAGGGCGCGGUGGCUGCCUCGUCGCUGCACUACUGGCCGGAGCCCGACCGGCUGGCGGCCUUCCGCUGGGUGUCCCCCUGUGCCGGGGAGUACAAUUACAUUGCGGCCGACGACACGCCGGUGGUGUUCACUCUGCUGGAACGGCGCCCAGUGGCGACCGAUGCACCGGGCACCGUCGGCCACUCGGCCGAGCAGCAAGCCGACCCCGGCCUGCCGCACGCGGCAAUCGACCCCGGCCAGCCGUAUGACUUGUGCUGGGCCGCUGACCGGCGGGUGCCCUUCCGCCCGGAGCUCCUCCGAGCCGAUCCGCGCACCGGGCGACUGUACUACCCUGCUCCGUUGCGGACCCUGCGCCGGGGGGAUCCGGCUCGGGCUCGCGUCGAGGCGACGGCCGACGCGGCGGGCAUCCCCUCGGCUUCCAGCGUGGGCCAUGCCCUUGUGGCCAGCCGGGUGACCAUUGCCCUGAUGCCAUUUCUCCUGGGGGCCGGUGAUGACGGGCCCGAUGGGGGGGCCUGGUCGCUUGAGUGGCCAUCCCCCGGCAGUGCCAUCCCCAUCCCGGCAUUGUCUCUCAAGGACCUGGAGCCUGCCCAGUGAGCACCUCUCAUGCCGACCAUCCCUGUGACAUGCGUACAUCCCCCCCCCCCCCC